UCGCUCUCCCCAGAAACCCUCUGGGCGCUGCACCUGGGUUUCGCUGGGGGUAUCGGCGGGUUCAUUACCGGUUUCUACCUCGGCGGGCGGACGCGGUCAUACCAGUUUCUCGCAGAGAACGCUCACCGGCGGCCCAAAACAGUAUCCGGGUGGUAUUUCUACCACAAGUAUAAGAAUUAUGAGAUUGCGCACUUUGGGUUCCUAGGUGGGUUUAGGAGUGCCGCCAAAUUUGCGGCGAUUAUGGCUGGGUUUGCGAGCGUUGAAGCUGGGUUGGAGAAGAUGGUUGUUGGGAGGGAGAGCUGGGUGUGCACCCUUGGCGCUGGGGUCACGACUUCGAUGGUGUUUGCUGCUGCAAGUCGGCUGACAAAACAAUAUACAAAGUACGCCCUUCUGUUUGGAGCUGGAUCUUCAUUACUUGUGGGAGCAUUACAGGAUGGAUACGCAUGCGUAUAUGGCGAGUCGGUCAAA